CAUCCCUCAGGACUGCCAAGGAAGCAAUUGCUUUAGCUAACAACACUAUAUAUGGACUUGGAAGCUCAGUGUUCACAGAACAAAUUACAUUAGCCAUUGAAACUGCCAAAAUGAUAAAGGCUGGUGCAGUUUGGAUUAAUUGUCACAACAUGUUUGAUGCUGCAGCAGGGUUUGGUGGCUACAAGCAAAGUGGAUAUGGAAGGGAUGGUGGCAAAGAAGGAUUAUUUGAGUAUGUCAAACCAUCUUGGCAAACUCGCUUGAGUUUUAAAGCACCUGAAGUAGAUAUGAAGACAUUUGGUGCAUCAUACACUGCUGACAGACCAUCCAUUACCCCAGCAACCCCUCAGGUGUUGUCUGCAGAUGGCAAAUUGCCAGUAGUAGAUCGCACAUACAAACUUUAUUAUGGUGGUGCUCAGAAAAGACCUGAUGGAAACUAUUGCCGUGUCAUCAAUGAUACCACAGGAAAAGCGUUUGCUCUGGUAGGAGAAAGUAACAGAAAGGAUGUACGUAAUGCAGUAGAAGUUGCCGGGAAAGCUCAACCAGGUUGGGAUAAGCGAAGUGGUUUUAAUCGUUCUCAGAUACUGUUUUACUGGGCAGAGAACCUAGAGCAAAGACGACAGGAAUUUAUUGAUCAUCUGACAUUAAUUGGCCAUUCUAAAGAGAAAGCUGAAAUAGAAUUUGAUGCCGCAAUUGCAAGAUUAUUCCAUUGGGCUGCUUUCUGUGAUAAAUAUGGUGGUGCUGUUCAGGAAACCCAACUAUAUGGCACUGUUUUGAGGCUUCAUGAACCUUUGGGAAUAAUUGGCAUAGCAUGUCCUGAUACCUUCCCCCUGCUUGGAUUUGUUUCCCUUGUGGCUCCAGCCAUUGCACGUGGCAAUGCUAUUGUGGCAGUGCCGAGUGAAAAAAAUCCUACAAUUGCAUUAGCAUUAUACCAGAUUCUUGAAACUUCAGAUCUUCCUGGAGGGGUUGUGAAUAUUCUUACUGGCUGCCGAGAUCACAUCACAAAAUAUCUGGCAGAACAUCAAGACAUCCAAUCAGUGUGGUAUUUUGGAAGUCUUGAAGGAUCAAAGUUUGUUGAACACACAUCAGCUGUAAAUGUAAAACGAACCUGGGUGAAUUAUGGAUUGGAUCGUGAUUGGUUGGAUACCCAGCAAGGACAAGGAGAAGAAUUUCUGUACCAUUGUACUCAGGCAAAGAAUAUAUGGCUGACAAUGGGUGAUAUAUUUGCGAAUUGAAAGAUUGAAUAAACCAAUUUCUUUAUAAGUCAUGGUAAGGUGAUUUAUCAUAGUUUUUGAAUAUGUAAUGUUUGUCCUAUCUGAAAUAUUUAAUUAAAUACUUCAGUAUUUAAACAUUUAGUAUUGGGAUGGUUACAUGGAAGCCAUAACUUUUGGGUGGGAGAUUUUGAAGAUCUCAGAACCUUGUUAAAAGAUAUGUAUUUACAAUCAGAAGGUAUACUAAAGAAUUCAUUGUCCAUCUUUACAUAAAAAAUGUCUUGCUUUUCAACUUAAAACAAAAUUUGAUAACAAAAAAUUUGAAAAAUAUGAUGGCUUCAAGGAUUAUCAUAAAAAAAAUAGUCAUUCAAACCUCUAUAAAUGAGCUACCUAUUAUUCCCUCCCAAAAUUUAUCCACAGGAAUGGUAUCAGUUUGCAUAAAACUGUCAAAAGCCAAAAUUCCAGUUUUAACUAUUACAAAUGGAAAAAUUUCAUACCUAUUUCAUUUAGUUUCUUAGCUUCUGGGAUGAAAAGUAAAAAAAUAUUGUGACAUAGUUUUGCAUGUUAUGUUUUAGGUGUGCAUAUGGUUUGCAGCGUAUUCUUAUAAAAUUCAUGAAUAUUCAACCCUACUGUAGUACUUUGUAAGCUUGAAAGUUUUGUACACAUGGAAAAAUUAGAGAGUUUUGUGAGCAGGACAUAAAACUGAGAAAGUAAGUAAAUUAAUUGGUUUAUGAACUUCUGUA